AUGAUGAUGAUUGAAAGAGAGAGUGAGAAAAGGGCUAAAAGUAGACGAAGAUGAAAAAGAAAAAGCGAACUGACCAAUUUAAAUUUCUCUCCAUUGAUGAUAGAAAGUGAGGGCGGUGGGCUGAUUAACAUUCUCUCUCAUCUUUUAUCAUCUUUUCAUCAUCAAUAGUACAUUUUACUUUCAAACGAUAAUUAUCAAUUUGUGAGAGUAGUGGUCAGUUUAUGUUUUGUCGAGAGAAGAAAAAAAAAGAAAGUAGAAAAGAAUAAAAGAAAAAAUAAUAAUAAAUCGAUUUUCUUUUUCGAAUUGAUCGACGAUCGAACGGUUUCAUUUUCUUUUCUUCUUUUUUUUUUACUUUUCUUUUCUCCAUCAUCAUACUCUUAACUAUUUCAUGAUUGUGGUCACUUUGAUGAAGAUGAUCAAUCAAACGAGUAACAAUUUAUUCAAUCUAAUUACACUAGUUCACUAUUCUCGUUAGCAUGUGCCUUAAAUUUAUAUUUAUCUUGAUAUUUUAUUAUUAUUCAUUGUCGUGGUUAAAUCGUGAUUCUUAUUGUGUCCUCGGUGUACCUCGGAAAAACGCGGGCUGCGGGAAGCAGCAUAUACCCCGUGAGUCUCGAGUUGUCGCUGGAAAUGACACCUAUGACGGUGAAUUUCCUUGGACAGUUUCGGUUCGUCGUAACGGAGAUCAUAUUUGCGGUGGUGUUAUAAUAGCUAAAAGAUGGAUUCUAACGGCGGCCCAUUGUGUUUACAAUCGAUCGCCAACAUCGUUUAUGGCUCGAAUCGGUGAAUUUCACCUUUAUCGGCCUGAUCAUCAUUCUCGAGAUUAUUCAAUUGAAAAGAUUGUCAUUCACACUGAUUAUGCGGGAAUCGUUGAUUCUGAGACGGGAAGUAAGGCCGAUAUUGCUCUACUUCGAACUCGUCAAGAGAUUCGAUUCUCGGAAUAUGCUUGGCCGGUUUGUGUUCCCUCUUCUGAGAUCUCCUAUGCUGGUCAAGAGGCCGUUGUCGUCGGUUGGGGUAAACAAACGGAGAAAAGUGAAGUUUAUAGUGAUACACUUCAAAAGGCCAAAUUGUCCGUUUUGGAUAAUGAAAAGUGUCAAAAUUGGUAUCGGUCAUCGGGCUACUUGUUUCCUAUUCAUGAUCAUCUUAUUUGUGCCGGUUAUCAGAAAGGUGGACGAGAUGCUUGUCACGGUGAUUCGGGUGGACCUUUAUUGUACAAACUUGCUGACCACUGGGCAGUUAUUGGCGUCGUUUCAACGGGUGUUGGUUGUGCUCGACCUUUACUUCCAGGUCUCUACUCUCGGGUUUCCUCUUACGUUGAUUGGAUUGGAAGGUAUCUUGCAGAACGAUAAUCAUCCAUCAACACAAUUAACAAAAUUUACACUAAUUAACCAAUAUCACCAUGAUUGUUAAUCAAUUUGAAUUGUAACUUUAAUUCAAUUCUAGUCAACAAAUCAUAUGUUUCUGAGAAUCGUUUUUGUUUAUUUUCAUUGUUGUGAAAGGUUUUUUAUCCAUCACCGAAUUGAUUUAAAUUGCUAAUCAAUUACAACUAUAAACUAUCGAU